AUGUUACUUAGUGUUGGAGAUAACGAUGUUAAACGCAGUAAUGAAUAUACGCCAAAAGCGGACCUUGAGAGAACUGGUCGGUCAAAAUCUGUAGCAUCUGAGGAGAAACAGAUUGAAAUUGCUCAAGCAUUUGUUGAAAAACCGCAUCUUAGUCUACGUAGAGCCGGUAAUGAGCAUGACGUUUCUCAUGAAACAGUACGUAAAGUUUUGAAAAGCAUACAUUUUCAUCCUUACAAGAUUCAUUUGGUACAGGAGCUUAAUGAAGAUGAUCCUGAUCGUCGGAUCGAAUUUAGCGAAACGAUGAUGAACAGAAUCGAUGAAGAUCCUCUUUUUUUGUACAAUAUAGUUUUUUCAGAUGAAGCUACUUUCACUUUAAAAGGUGAAGUGAAUAGACACAAUUGCAGAUACUGGUCCGAAACAAAUCCUGCUUGGAUGUUGGACAGUCACACACAAUAUCCACAAAAGCUAAAUGUUUGGGCUGGCAUCUUGAAUGAUACACUUAUAGGCCCUUUUUUUAUUGAUGGUAAUCUCAAUGCCGGUAUGUAUGAACAGCUGCUCAGAAAUCAAAUUAUACCAAGAAUAAGAGAAAUAGCAGGUAAUAAUUAUGAUGAUACAUGGUUUCAGCAGGACGGAGCAGCCGCUCAUUACGGUAGGGACGUUCGAGCGUAUUUAGAUACUCAGUUUCCUCAUAGGUGGAUUGGAAGAAGAGGUGAAAUCGAGUGGCCUGCUAGAUCCCCUGAUCUGACGCCUCUUGAUUAUUUUCUUUGGGGUUACUUAAAGAUGGUACAUCGUCGGAAAAUUGCUAUUGCAUUAUUUUUAAGUAUUGAAAAAUUGCGACGACAACGAAAUAAGUAUCGCCGACGUUUAUGGAGUCGACAGUGGCUGCAACGACGAGAGACCCACAAUAGUGUUCUUACAAUAUUAUUUGAAGAAUUCGGACCUGAAGAUCCGAGAUCUUUUCAAAAUUUCACUAGAAUGCAAGAAGAGGUUAUGGAGGAACUGUUAAAUCUUCUUAUUCCAUAUAUUGAAAAGAAAGACACAGUAAUGAGAAAAGCAAUUUCUUCUCGGAUGAGACUGAGUGCUACGCUUCGAUAUUUGGCAACUGGCAAUUCAUUUCAAGAUCUUGCGUACUCUACAAGAAUUGCUCCAAAUACUCUGUCAAAAAUUAUAUUAGAAACAUUACAAACUAUUAUUACAGUGUUAGAUAAAAAUGUGAUACCAUUUCCAUCUAAACCUGAAGAGUGGGAAAUUGUAGCUCAUAAAUUUGAAACUAUGUGGCAAUUUCCUCAAUGCAUAGGUGCUAUAGACGGGAAACAUAUUUUAUUUCGUCCUCCACGUUCUGAAGGAGCUAAAUAUCGUAACUAUAAGGGAAAAGACAGCAUCAUUCUUUUCGCAUUAGUAGACGCAGAAUAUAAAUUUAUUUUUGUAGACGUUGGUAAAAAUGGUCGCACACAUGACUCUGCUGUAUUUCGUGAAAGUCUGUUAGGUAUAAAACUAAAGGAAAACACUCUUAAUUUGCCACAACCAAAGACUCUACUGAAUUUUAAUUUUCAAAUGCCAUAUGUAAUUGUAGGAGAUGAUGCUUUUUCUUUGCAUACAAAUUUAAUGAAACCAUAUCCUGACCGUGGCUUGACAGAAAACAGACGAAUAUUCAAUUACAGAUUAAGUAGAGCACGAAGAACUGUUGAAAAUACAUAG